AUGAUCAUCCAGCAGUCCCGAGCAUCAAGCGUUCAAGCCCUCGACGGCCGGAGCUGGCGGCUUGUCCUGAGUCUCGCUGCAGAUUCCAGAGCCUCAACAACAGACGUUCCUGGGUAUCGUGGCUGCUGCAGAAUUUCGCGCAGGUUUCCUGAUUGGCCCUGGGCCGUAAGCCCAACAUCCACCAGGCUCAAGCCAUCGUCGACAACGGACGACCAGCAGCGCAUCCCUUCAUCCGACUGGCCCGACCCACCAGGGCCAGGCCACGCAUCGCACCAACGGCCAUGCAUCGACGCAUCGUCAGGCUUGCCCGAACCUGGCGUGGCCAGGUCGUGGUCGCCACUGUCAGCUUGUCACUCACUGUCAACCCCCCACGGCCGCGGCCACUUUCGUCAGCCACGGCUGUCAACCGCCAAACCCAACAGACCAGGCGCCGCCACGGCCACUGAGGUGGGUGGCAGGGCCCCCCAAAGCACUACUUCACGCGGAAUCCCAGGUGGUGGUUGCGCGUCGGGCGGUGACAGAUGGCUGACAGAGCAGCUCGGUAUGCGGGCCGUUACCCCGGAUUGGUAUCCUUCUCCGCCCCCAGGCGCGCUGUGUCCAGAGCGCUGGAACGGCGGCGGCGUCGUCCCUCGUCGUCAAUCAGCGACCACAUCGUGUUGUUUCGGCGCAAGAGCGCUGCGCAUAACCACCCGGCAGUUGCCUCGGGGAAGGCGGAAGGGGAAGGGGGAGGGCAGCAGAUCACUUGCAUCAUGA